UCCUCUGCUGCCCAUUCCUGCCCCAUGGAUUUCAACCUGCUGGCGGACGCGGAGGCUCGCAGCCCAGCCCUGUCGCUCUCGGACUCCGGCACCCCCCAGCACGAGCACAGCUGCAAGGGGCAGGACCACAGCGACACUGAAAAGUCCCAACAAAACCAGACGGACGACUCCAACCCUGAGGACGGCUCGCUGAAGAAGAAGCAGCGGAGGCAGAGGACUCACUUCACCAGCCAGCAGCUGCAGGAGCUGGAGGCCACCUUCCAGAGGAACCGUUACCCGGACAUGAGCACCAGGGAGGAGAUCGCAGUCUGGACCAACCUGACGGAGGCACGAGUGCGGGUCUGGUUCAAAAACCGCCGAGCCAAGUGGAGGAAACGGGAGAGGAACCAGCAGGCCGAGCUCUGCAAGAACAGCUUCGGAGCCCAGUUCAACGGACUGAUGCAGCCUUACGACGACAUGUAUUCCAGCUACUCCUACAACAACUGGGCCACCAAGGGGCUCGCCACCAGCCCGCUCUCGGCCAAGAGCUUCCCAUUCUUCAACUCCAUGAACGUCAGUCCCCUCUCCUCCCAGCCCAUGUUCUCCCCGCCCAGCUCCAUCGCCUCGAUGACCAUGCCUUCUUCCAUGGUCCCUUCCGCGGUGACUGGGGUCCCGGCCUCCAGCCUCAACAACCUGGGAAACAUCAACAACCUGAACAGCCCGAGCCUCAACUCCGCUGUCUCAUCCAGUGCCUGUCCGUAUGCCUCCACAGCCAGCCCCUACAUGUACAGGGACACGUGCAACUCCAGCCUGGCCAGCCUGAGGCUGAAGGCCAAGCAGCACGCCAACUUCACCUACCCGGCUGUGCAGACGGCUGCUUCCAACCUGAGCCCUUGCCAAUAUGCCGUGGACAGGCCUGUAUGAAGGGCUGCCCGCCACCACCCGGGGACUUGACCUUAGCCUGACAAAAGGAGACCUUUAGCCCUACAACAGCGUACGUCCUGCAGAGAGCGAGAGUGAAAGCAAGAGAGAGCAAGAGAGCGCGAGAGAGAGAGUGCGCAGCAAGCGGGCAGACGGACCUCUAUGAUUUGUCUAACUAUCGUAUGGUGAAUUUUGACUGUCUUUCCCCUCCCAAACCCCUUCCCUCCCUGCCCACCAACCCCCUUACCCUCCCUCUUGGUAAGGAAACCAAAACAGUCUACUGGAAGCCCCAUGGGGAAGCAGGAGCCCCGGCGGGCAGGGUGCCUGGCCCGUGGGCAGCCAAGCUCAGUAUGUUUCAGUCUGACCCCAAACCCUCCCUUUCCCGGGACAGCCAGUAAUGGGAAACAGGGACGGUGCGACGUGGGGCUGCUCUUCAGUGCUUGGCCGACCCCUUCUCCCUGCACGCCUGUGAGAUUUUGGUGGAAGACAUCUUGCCCGCCAAUUUAUCUGGCAGAUGGUGAGAAAGCAUUUCAGUUGAUUGGCAUCUCUUUGUAGUGCAUUUAUAGGCAUGGCCCUUCAGACUUGAAACCUUUAGGAACUGGGAGUUGGACGGAUAUAAAAUAUGUGUAUGUAUAUAUAUAUCAUGUAUAUAUACAAAUACAUAUGUAGACAUAUAUAUUAAAAUAUGCCUUUUUGUUUUGUACAUGAAAUAACCCAUGAAGUAGACCUUAAAACCAAAAAACCCCAUAAAGCAAGCAUGUCCACCGAGGCGGUGUUCUGCCUGUCUUGCUUUACUGCUUCAGUCAUUUCCAGUCAGACAGGAAUACCUUUGCCAGUGUACAUCCAAAGCAUCCCUUUUGCAACAAUCAACUCCCCCUUGCACAUCUCCUUCCCUUCCUCAAAUCCCAUUUCAAAAAAGGAAGUAAAAUAAAAGUUGGCACAAUCCC